ACACACACUAAAUUAAAACAAAACGAAAAAGUCAAACUUUUGGUCUUCACUUUCUCUCUCUUUUCUUAUAUUUAUAUCUCUCUUCAUUCCACCAUUCAAACACUUGCAUAAACCUAUACAUACAUAUACACACAUACACAUACACAUAUACAUACACUCUUUCUAUUCUAUUCUAUAUUGAUCUUAUAUGGGAAAAACUGGAUGGGGUUUAACCCUGGACACUUCUGAGCCAAUUGAAUUGUUAUCUCCGGUGAAAACUUCUAUGUAUUCAGCCGCGGUGUCGCCGCCUUCGGAUCAUGAUGAUGAUGAUGAUCACAAGAAUUCUCAUCGGAAUGAUGUGAGCGAGGUUGACUUUUUCUCCACGUGCAAGUCAAAUGAAGAUCAGAUUGUUGUCAAGAAAGAGAUUAAUAAUUCUCAUGGGAAUGAAUUAGAUGUAAAUACAGGUCUUCAUCUACUUACAACGAAUAGCGAUCAAUCAUCUGUGGAUGAUGGAGGUUCAUCAUCAAGUGAAGAUAAACAAGGAAAAAAUAAGUUGAAAAUAUUACAAUUUGAGCUAGAAAAGAUGAACACAGAGAAUCAAAGGUUAAGAGGGAUGCUUUCACAAGUGACCAACAAUUACACGGCCUUGAAAUUACAUGUCGCUAAUGAAAUGCAAAAGCAACAAAAUCAGAAAGUUGAACAUGAUCAGGAAAUGGUUGCGAAACAACUUAUCGAGUUAGGUCCGACUUCUCAUGAUUCUUCGUCGGAAGAAAGAACUCAAUCGGGCUCGACUAAGAAUGGUGAUCAUAAAGCUGGUAAAAGAAACGGUCGGGAGAACACCCCGGAUUCGGAUGCUUGGAUUGCUAACAAGGUACCAAAGUUGAACGGUUCAAAGAUCGUCGAGCAACCAAAUGAAUCUACCAUGCGUAAAGCUCGAGUCUCGGUCCGGGCUCGGUCAGAAGCACCCAUGAUUACCGACGGAUGUCAAUGGCGAAAGUAUGGUCAAAAGAUGGCUAAAGGUAACCCGUGUCCACGCGCCUACUAUCGAUGCACGAUGGCGGUCGGUUGCCCGGUUAGAAAACAAGUUCAAAGAUGUGUUGAUGAUCAAACAAUCUUAAUAACCACCUAUGAAGGCACCCACACCCACCCCCUCCCCCCAGCCGCGAUCGCGAUGGCUUCCACCACAUCAGCUGCGGCAAGCAUGCUCCUUUCAGGUUCAAUGCCUAGCACCGACGGCUUGAUGAACCAAAACAUAUUAGCGCGGUCAAUCUUACCAAACUCGUCAAGCAUAGCCACCAUAUCUGCAUCCGCACCCUUCCCAACCGUCACUUUAGACCUAACCCAUAACCCAAACCAAUAUCAAAGAAAUCCUAACUCGACUCAAUUCAUACCAACCAUGGCAAUGCCUUUGCAAUCUGUAGCGGCUGACGACAGUGUCGCCCGCUACAACCAAUCAAGAUUCUCCGGUCUACAAUUGUCACAUGACAUUGAGUCUAGACCACAACAGUACAACAAUGGUACUCAACAACACACAUUGCUAGCCGAUUCUGUUAAUGCUGCUACCGCAGCCAUCACCGCGGACCCUAACUUCACCGCCGCCUUGGCGGCUGCAAUAUCCUCCAUCAUGAGUAAUGGUAACACUGCCACCACUGCUACAUCACACGCUGCUGCAACCAACACCGCCACCCUUAGCCACAUUGUCAACAAUCACAAGACUAGCAAUUUCUAAGGAAAUUGAACAUUGCAUAGUUGAAAAUUCUUUUCUUCUUUUAGCCACCAUAAUUAUUUUUCGUUUCUGAGUACUUAUUGUUAAUUACAUUUUUUAUUUCUUUCGCUCUUUUUUUAUUAUUCUGUAAUAAGGUACUUUUUUUUCUUUUUCCACGUGGAAAUAUGCCUAUAAUAUAUAUGAACUAUACUAUGUAUUUCA